CGGCGGCCGCCUCACUCGCACCGCAUCAUUCGUGCUCAUCUUUCGCUUCCGAGAGCCGGGCAGGCAGGCAGCCAGCACCUGAGGCAACCGCGCGACGUGCGCUCCGUCGGCCCCGCCGCGACCCACCGGACACCACUCUCGGAUCGCAGUGUGCAGUGUGCAGCGCGACGACCUGUCCACCUGCGUGCCCCACACACGGACGAAAGGACGGACGGACAAACUGAGUGCUCUGAAAAGUGCGUGUGCGCCGUACGUGUCCCUCCGUGCGAACCUGUUGAUCUGCAAACGCACGGACACGGAAUGAGCUGCUAGCAUGCUGUCGUCGCAGAAAUUGUACCCUGACUCGAGCGUGGCCUCGAGCAUGGCCAACUCGUCGAUGACGCCGACGUACAGCUCGAUGAACGCGUCGAGCAUGCACGGCGUGCCGAUGAACGCGGCCGGCGGCGCCGGGGCGAUGAACUCGCCGCAGACGGCGUCCGGGGGCUUCGCCCCCGGCAUGGGCCUGGCGUCGGCGGCCGCGGCCGCCGGCAUGGGCGCCAUGGGCAUGAACGGCGCGUGCAUGACGCCGUCGUCCAUGUCGGCGUACAACUCUAUGGGCAGCCCGGCGGCGAUGAACGGUGCGUGCAUGGCCACCAUGGGUGGCUACUCGAGCGCGUUGAAUUCGGCGUCGGCGUCGAUGGCGGCCGACACGGUGCCGCAGGGCGCGACGUCGCCCAACUCGGCGGCGGCGCUGCAGCGGGCGCGCGCCGACAAGACCUACCGGCGCAGCUACACGCACGCCAAGCCGCCCUACUCGUACAUCUCGCUGAUCACGAUGGCCAUCCAGAACUCGCCGAGCAAGAUGCUGACCCUGAGCGAGAUCUACCAGUUCAUCAUGGACCUGUUCCCGUUUUACCGGCAGAACCAGCAGCGUUGGCAGAACUCGAUUCGGCACUCGCUCAGCUUCAACGACUGCUUCGUCAAGGUGCCGCGCACGCCCGACAAGCCGGGCAAGGGCUCCUUCUGGACGCUGCACCCUGACUCGGGCAACAUGUUCGAGAACGGCUGCUACCUGCGGCGGCAGAAGCGUUUCAAGGACGAGAAGAAGGAGCAGAUGCGGCAGGUGAGCAAGACACCCGGCUCGGCGUCGUCGUCCGACUCGGGCAAGAAAACGCCGUCGCACCACCACCACGCCGACGAGCUGAAGGCUUUGGAGAAAGAGCACCAGCACCACCACCUGAUGAGCUUGCACCAGCCCAAGCUGGAGGCCGGCGACCCGAUGGCCGGCCUGCUGCAGCAGGACAUGGGCAACUGCCUGCAGAGCCCGGCGGUGGGCGUCGGCGGGCACCACCACGGCGGACACGAGUCGGCCGAGCUGGUGGCCAUGGUGAACCGGUGCCACCCGCACCUGGCCGCCGAGCACCACCACAUGCUGCAGGCGGCCGCGGCCGCCGCGCACCUCAAGCAGGAGACGUCGCCGUACGCGGUCGCCACGCACCCCUUCUCCAUCACGCGGCUGCUGCCCGCCGAGAGCAAGGCCGAGAAGAUGUACGACAUGGCGGCGCAGUACGCGGCCGCCACCGGCUACAACACGCUCAGCCCCAUCCCCAACGCGCAGGAGACCAGCAGCUACUACCAGAGCUCGCUGUACCACCCGCCAGCCAGCACCACCACCUUGUGACAGUACCCCCUAGCCUAGGAGCAGCUCGACCCCGCAAGGCAUCAGCAGCCCCCAGGCUACACGGCCGCCUGCAAGUACCGCGGCCUUCCCACCAGCAGAUCAGUGAACAGACACGCGUUCCAGUGACUGCAAAAUUGUAAAAUCUCCGACCCCCCAGUGCGAGCCGGACAAUCGUGUAAAAGCGUAGGCUCCCAUCCUCUUUUUCUCCGUGUAAAUCUCAUUUCAGUGUGCGCACCGCGUGCGAAAUCAAUCAAGACUCGAUGAUCGUGUGUGUCGUCUCUUCGUCCUAUAAUAUCAUUUCACGUGCCGCAUACACACAAACUUACACACUGCUGCAGAGAGUAUUUUAGUGAGACAGCUCGCGGACUGCAUUUCGUGAAUGGUGAUGAUUAAUUUUUCGAUUAGAUAAUCGGGAGCGCGCGCGUUGUCUUGUUUUAAUGGGUGAGUCACGCACACACACACAAACACGAAACAAUGCGUACUUUCUUUCUUUUGGCGCCAAGUGAACGCGUAAUAAAUAAUCUCUCCAUUCAUAUAUUAUUUAAACCCCUUUAUUUUGUAUUCCGCCGCCGUCAGGAUAUGUAAAAUGUAAAAUGUGUUCAUUUCGAAAUAGGAAAAUCUGUGACACUUUAUGAAAAUGCGGAAUGAAACUAGUCCAUUUAUAGCAAUAGCAAAAGGGUUUGCACUUUGUUUUCGCUCUGUAAAUCAUGUUAUAUUUUUUCUUAAGUCCUCUGUGCAUAUACUGUACACGAAUUUUCCGAAAGACGAAAGCUAUUUCACCGCGAAAUCUCAUUUGUUUAAUAAUUCCUCUCGUGUCCGCAUGUUGGUUAAGGUGGGUCGUGUGAAGAAUUUUUUUAAGGCCUGUACAAAAUUUUGAUACCGAAAUAUUUUUGUUGCCGUAAUUGCGUUUAACAGCAUACUCAAAAAUUAUACAAUCACUGUGAGAAAUGAUUAACAUAUAUAAAGGAGAGAGCUCAUUUUUAGCAGCAGUUCGGCGCAGGCGAAAACUCUACAUAAAUCUGAUGUUUUUUAAUGAUCCGCAAAAGCUAUAUAUUUGUUGUAAUUUUGAAAAACGCAAUCCUCACCAAAAAGAUCUUAACUGUGCUCCAAUUUUUUGGUGUUUUCUAAAUGCUGUUUCUCCGCACGCGUUAGUCCGACGCAACUUAAUUAAAAAGAAUGUAUGGAAUUAAUACACACACACACACACAACAUGAAACGCAACUGAACGUUUAUCUUUGCAAUUUUUAAAUUCCACACUUUUAUUAUUGUUAUUGAUUUACAACAAAUGUGAAUUAAUUGGUAUAUAAAAUCUGUUUCAAAUUUAAUACCACGAAAAUUUGUACUCUGCGUACGAUAUAAGGAGGGAAAAUAUGAUUCUCUAUUAUUGUCCUUGUCUCUGAAAUGACGCGACGAAUUUCUUUAUCGCCAGAAAAUGAGAAAUAAAAGUAUAUGUUUGAAACGGAUAA